UUUACUCAUCAAAAAACAGCAAAGCACGGCCAAAUUAGCAACAAUUUUACAUCGUAUUGGAUUUAAUCAGACUUUUCCGUGUGUUCCGAGAUGUUUAAAACGGUUAACAAUGUUUUAAAAGUGGUAUUUUAUUGUUCGUAGCAUGACGCAGGAUUUGUCUGUGUUGACAUAAGCAGCCUUCGUUAAAACGCGACUAAAUCCGAGUCACAAGACGUUUUCCGACUGAAGAGGACGUCUAUUUAUCCCGUUUCCUCGUCUCGUGGGCGCCGCUGGAGGGAUGGAGACGGACUUUGAGAGGCUUCACCCGAGCAGUUGUGAGGAAGACGAUGAUGACGAGAUGGUGGAUAUAGCCGGGGCCACGCUCGACUUUUCAUCCACGGACGAUGUGCCUCCUCUGGGCGCAGGAGGGUUGGAGGACUACUUUGGCAGCUGCAGCACCAGCAGAGGAGGGGGAGGGAUGAAGAACGGGACAGGGCCCAAACUUGUGGACCCCCUGGAGGACCCUCUGCCUGGGGUGGGGACCUACGAGGACUUCAACACCAUAGACUGGGUCAGAGAGAAGAGCAGAGACCGAGACAGACACAGAGAGAUCACAAAGAAGAGCCGUCAGUCCACUGUGGCUCUGCUCAGGAGUGUGAGUGAUGCGUUUUCAGGAUGGCUCCUCAUGCUGCUGGUCGGGCUCAUGGCAGGUGCGUUGGCAGGUGGCAUAGACAUCGCAGCUCACUGGCUCACAGACCUUAAAGAGGGCGUGUGUUUGGUUGGGUUCUGGUUCAAUCACGAGCACUGCUGCUGGACAUCCAAUGAGACCACAUUUCAGGAGAGAGACCGCUGCCCCCAGUGGCAGACCUGGUCACAGCUCAUCACCGGACAGACUGAGGGGGCGUUUGCAUACAUAGUGAAUUACCUCAUGUACCUGUUCUGGGCCCUGAUCUUCUCAUUUUUGGCGGUAACUCUGGUUCGUGCAUUUGCUCCUUAUGCCUGCGGCUCUGGAAUCCCAGAGAUAAAGACGAUCCUGAGUGGAUUCAUUAUUCGGGGGUAUCUGGGGAAAUGGACUCUCAUCACCAAAACCAUCACCCUUGUCCUGGCCGUGUCCUCUGGCCUCAGUCUGGGGAAAGAGGGCCCCCUAGUGCACGUGGCCUGCUGCUGCGCCAACAUCCUCUGCCACCUGUUUACCAAGUACAGGAAGAACGAAGCCAAACGCAGAGAGGUUCUAUCAGCGGCAGCAGCGGUGGGAGUGUCUGUAGCGUUUGGAGCACCAAUUGGAGGAGUUCUUUUCAGUUUGGAGGAGGUGAGUUAUUACUUCCCCUUGAAGACCUUAUGGAGGUCCUUUUUUGCCGCCCUAGUGGCCGCCUUCACACUGCGCUCCAUAAACCCCUUUGGAAACAGCCGCUUGGUGCUGUUUUAUGUCGAGUUUCAUGCUCCGUGGCAUCUGGUUGAGUUGGCGCCUUUUAUUCUGCUCGGGAUCUUUGGAGGCCUGUGGGGGGCGCUGUUCAUCCGAGCCAAUAUUGCGUGGUGCAGAAGACGUAAAACCACUCGUCUGGGACAUUACCCUGUGCUGGAGGUGCUUGUCGUCACGGCGAUUACAGCUGUCAUCGCGUUUCCGAACAGUUACACCAGAAUGAGUGGAGCUGAGCUGAUCUCUGAGCUGUUCAAUGACUGUUCACUGCUGGACUCCUCACAGCUCUGCGGAUACAAGCAGCCGAACAUGAACACCUCAGAGACAGUGGGGGACAGUCUGGCAGAUCGUCCGGCCGGAGCUGGACUCUACACGGCGCUAUGGCAACUGGCCCUUGCCCUCGUGUUUAAGAUGUCUAUUACUGUCAUCACCUUUGGCAUGAAGGUGCCCUCGGGUCUGUUCAUCCCCAGCAUGGCAGUAGGGGCGAUCGCAGGCCGGUUGCUAGGCGUCGGCAUGGAGCAGUUGGCAUAUUAUAAUCACGACUGGUUGAUCUUCAAAGGCUGGUGCUCUCCGGGCGCAGACUGCAUCACACCAGGACUCUACGCCAUGGUCGGAGCCGCCGCAUGUUUAGGUGGCGUGACCCGUAUGACCGUGUCUCUGGUGGUGAUCAUGUUCGAGCUGACCGGGGGGCUGGAGUACAUCGUCCCUCUGAUGGCAGCGACCAUGACCAGCAAAUGGGUGGCAGACGCUUUCGGACGUGAAGGAAUCUAUGAGGCUCACAUUCGGUUAAAUGGAUACCCGUUCCUGGAGGCAAAGGAAGAGUUUGAACACAGCAGUUUGGCGGUGGAUGUGAUGAGGCCACGCAGGUCUGACCCUCCUCUGGCCGUGCUCACACAGGACAGCAUGACGCUCGGAGAGGUUGAGGCCGUGGUGGAAAGCACACAUUACAGUGGAUUCCCAGUGGUGGUUUCUCCAGAGUCUCAGAGGCUUGUGGGCUUUGUGUUCAGACGAGACCUGCUCAUCUCUAUAGAUAACGCCCGUAAGCGUCAGGAGGGCGUGGUCAGUGCCUCAGUUGUGGUCUUCUCUGAGCACGCUCCAUCGCAACCUCCUGAAGCCCCGCCCCCUCUGCGUCUCCGUGGCAUCAUGGACCUGAGCCCCUUCACCGUCACAGAUCACACCCCCAUGGACAUCACCGUCGACAUCUUCAGGAAACUGGGGCUACGGCAGUGUCUCGUCACACACAACGGGAGACUUUUGGGCAUCAUCACCAAAAAGGACAUUUUAAAACACAUGGCACAGAUCGCCAACAGAGACCCGGACUCCAUUUUGUUCAACUAACUUCUCAAAAACUGCUGCGAAAACUUCUGUAAAAACAUCAACUUUUACGACCAACUGAACCAAAGUUUACCGGAACACAAGCGGAGAUCAUUUUGCACUUUUGCCAUUUCAGAACUGGAGAAUUUUUCCAACCAGCAUGGCUUUUUCCCAAUCACAAAACCAUCCAAAAACCACUCCACGAUUUUUUUAGGAGAUGACGAGUGAGACUUGGAAGAACUGGAGGCCCUGGGGGGACGCAGUGGAGCGGACAUGCCCAGGCGAAGUGCACCUUUUGUGGGGUGGGAGCGUGGCUUGCCCCCCUCCUCUCCUCCUUCCUGGCUGUGUCAUCGUGAAAUUUCUUGUUGCCUCCAGAUAACAAAAAAGCAGACCGUAUUUUCCGAGAAGGAUCUGAAAAAAAUGACACUCCAAAAUCCUGAGAACUUGACGGAGGACCUGGCAACAUGGAUAAUUGUGGAAGAAUGUAAUAACGGUGUAUUUUAAGACUUCUAAUGGUUAAAGAGCCGCUGUGAAAAGGGCUGUACACGGAGAGAAAACAUUGUAAUUUAUGUCAAUAUAAAAAUGUUUGUCCAAGUAAAUUAUUUCACUAAA